AUGGAAUCCAUGGCGAAUGAAGGAAGUAAUCAUGGGGUUGUUAUAGUGAUCCAAGGAGAGAUGGAGGAUGAGGUAGACGUCGGCGUGGAGAUGCUUGGGACGUCCGUCGUCGCUGCUCGCGCGUCCAUGAUGCUAUCCGAUGUGAGGGCGGCUAUGGUGGAGGAGCAAGUUGUUAUGGUUCAUGAUGGGAGAGCAACUCAUGUGCUGGGCGAGCAAGGUGGGAUGAAGGAGAGAACGAGGGAGCCCACUGCGUCGGGCGAGCAGGCACUAGGCGUCGCUGCUGCCCAGGCGCUGGGCCAGUAG